AUGGUUUCUUCUCUCCAGGAUUUCAAAACCUACGUGGAUCAAGCUUGUAGAGCGGCAGAUGAAUUUAUCAACAUCUACUAUGAGACAAUGGAUAAAAGAAGAAGGGCUUUAACGAGACUUUACUUGGACAAAGCGACGUUAGUUUGGAAUGGUAACGCAAUGUCCGGGCAGGAGGAACUGAACAAAUUUUUUGAAAUGUUGCCAUCUAGUGAAUUCCAGGUUAAUGUGUUGGACUGCCAGCCCGUUCACGAGCAAGCUACUCAGGGCCAGACGACAGUCCUCGUGGUGACGAGCGGGAUAGUAAAAUUUGACGGCGACAAGCAGCGCUACUUCAAUCAGAACUUCUUGCUGACAGCACAAGCCACGCCUACCAACACAGUGUGGAAGAUCGCCAGCGACUGUUUCCGCUUUCAGGACUGGGCCAGUUCAUGA